AUGGAUGGAAGCUCAAGCCAGAGUGGAAGUACUUUUAGCAAUGCUUUCUCCUCUCCUAUAGAAAUUAAUAAUUCUGUUUCAUAUAAACCGGCAAGAAAUAGUAUCCUUCUCAAAUUGGAGGAGGAUGGAUUUAUUACGCCUGACGAAAAAGCAAAAGAACUUAUCAAAAAAUUAACUGGAAUAAAAUAUUUAUUUAUUUUAAAAUUACUUUUUGAAGAUUUACAAAACGAAUUUUCAAAUCAAGUAUUAAUAGAUUCAUUAAUCGUUUUAGCGGAUCCUGCUCCUUUUAAUUUAUUUUAUUCAGAAGAAAGCGUGGCUAGGUUAGAAUUGCAUUUACGUACAUUGAUAGCGAUAUUAGAGAGGGUUUGUUUCUCCCCAAUACGUCUUACUAAGUACCUUCGAGAUAAAAUUUAUAAUUCUUUGGCAAAAUUUGCUGAAAUCCAUCGUAAAACUACUCAAGUAAUUGAAGAAGGACUUGAGAAUAACUUUAGAUUUAACUUUGAUCAAUUCAAUCAACAAAAAGAUGAUAAAUCUGAUGAAAAAAUUGCUAAAAAACGAAAUUAUAAUAUUGAUUUUUUAUUAAUUCAUCUGAGGGAUACUUUACACAGCCUUCGUGAUGAUGAAACCAGAUUUCAAGAAUUUAGACGAAGAAUUAAAGAUUUGCUUAAGACUGCAUUGAAUAUUACACCAGGAAUUUUAACAAUAACAGGAGUUAAUCUUCCAAAUGAUAAUUGUUCAAUCUUAUCAAUGCUUAAUCAAGUACGUCAAAGUUUAAGUUUUAAGUAUCCAGUAGCUUCUUAUUAUAUAGAUUGGAGAAUCAUGUUAAUAAUCCAACACAAUCUUUUCAUUUGGACUGAAUGUUCUGAAAAGAUAAUUAAUAAAAAGCUUGGUGAAAUGGUAUUAAUGGAAUUUAUAUGGAGCUUUUUAGAAAUAGAAUGGAUUAACAUUACCAAUAAAUCUAUUUCGGAAUCUCAACCCAAAUUUGAUGAAGUAUCAAACAAAGUUAUUAAGGCUUUGAAAAAUACUGGAAAUUAUUUAAACGAUCUUUCUGGAAAUGAGCCUAUUGCAUUACCAUAUACUUUAUGGUUUGGAUUAUUGGAUCUUGCAUAUAACCUUAUCCAAAAAUCCACUCGAAAAGCAACACAUGGUCUUUGUUAUUAUUUGGCAAUUGAAUCACUAAAUAAAGCACCGAGUAGUUUCAUUCAAUUUAAAGCUAUUGAAAUAUUAUUACAUUUACAUAAUAUUAAUAGUCAAAUGUUUUUAAUGAUUGAUGAUGAUUUUGAUCACUACAUAAAAAUGUUAAAUAAAAAUAAUUUAGUAGGUUCUUCACAAAAAUUUCAAAUAUUAUUAAAAUUUGUUAAAGACAAAUAUCUUGAGGAUUUAAAAAUUUUAAAUGAUAAUAUUGGAAAAGAAAAAAAAGGAAAAGGAAAAGAAAAAAAUUCAAAUCAAAAUUCAUGUAUAAUGAAAGAACAAAAAGCAAAUUAUAUUAUAUUAGAUGCUAUAGCAAAUGAAAUGACUUGUCCAAUUAGUAAGGAACCAAUUGAUCAAUUAUGUAUUUUAAAAUGUCAACACUUAUUAUCAUUAAGUAAUUUAAAAAUGUUAAAACAAAAAAUAUGCCCUCAAUGUCGAAAAAAAAUUGAUGAUAAUGAUAUCAGAUAUUUACCACAGACUUCUAUUUAUAACAAUUUAUAUUCAAAAUUUUCCAAUUUUGGAUAUAUUUCACCUACUAUUGAAAUAGAAAAUUCAGGUCAAAUGCAAUAUGAUAGUGAUGAUUCAGAUAAUUCAGAAAUUAAUCAUAUAUUAACUAAAGAAAAGAGAUUUAAGAAUCCAUUUAUUAAAUUAAAUUCAAACAUGUCAUUAUCAUCAAUAGUUCCGAGAUUUACAAAAAAACAACAUCCAACAUAUCAAAAUAUUAUAAAAGAAUUAAAUGAGAAACACUAUGAAAAAGCCGAAACUUUAUGCAAGGAAUUUUUAAAUUUUUUUCCUAAAAGUUAUUCUUUAAGAUGUAUCUUGGGUUAUAUUUACAAAUGUCUAAAUAAUUAUGAACAAGCGCAUUUAUAUUUAAAAGAGGCUAUUAAAUUAAAACUAAAAGAGCCAAUCGCUUAUUUUAUUUGUGGAGAAGUAUUUUUUUGGCAAAAUAAUUAUGAUGAAGCUAUAUAUUAUUUAAACAAAUCAUUAGAAUAUAAGACAAAAAUAAAUAAUUUACAUAUAAUACUUGGAAAUAGUAAUCUUUUUGAGGCGGUAUCCUAUAAUUAUGAUGAAUAUUAUUUAUUAGAUGCUUUAAAAAAUUAUGAGACUGCAUUAAAAAAUGACCCAAAUAAUUAUUUAUGUCUUAAGAAUUGUGCAUAUAUUUAUGAAAGAAAAAAAGAUUAUAAAAAUGCUUUAAUAUUUUUAGAUAAAUUAAUAAGUGUUAAUGAGAAGGAUUCAUUGAUUUUAUGUUAUUAUGGAGAAAUUUUGUGUAAUAUUAAACAAUAUAAUAACGCCAUUUCAUAUUUUACAAAAGCAAAUAUUAUAGAUCCAGAAAAUGUUUAUAAUUUGAAAAAGAGAGCUAUUGCAUAUUAUUAUCUUCAAGAAUAUGAUAAAGUUUUAUCAGAUCUUGAUAAAAUUAUUCAAUUGGAUCCAUUAAAUAAUACAGCAUAUUAUCUCAAAAGUAUAACAUAUUUUACAAAAAAUGAUAUUAGUAAUGCCAAAAUAGCUUUCAAUAAGCUUACAGAAUUAUUAAAUUCUAAUGAUACAAUUAUAGAAAAGGAACAAUUAUUUUAUUUAGAAUAUUUGUUGAAUAAAAAUAAAUUUACAGAAUUAGAUAACAUAUUGACAAAACUUAAUCAAAUUUCAAAUAUUAAAAUUAGCAAGACACUGCUUUUUAUAAGAUGUAUUAUAUAUAUUGAAUCAGAAAUAUACCAUAAAGCAAAAUCAGAUUUUAAUAUGUUAUGUGAAUCAAUAUCUAUUAAUAAUUGUAUUUCAUAUAUUUAUUUUUUACAAAAAUAUUUAAAUUUUUGGUCAUAUUUAGUUAAUGGUUAUAAUAUAACUUAUAUUGGAAUUAUUGAUUUUUAUGGUGCAUACUUGUAUAAUGAAAAAAGGGUUUAUUUAAUUUCAAACUUAAUAAAUUAUAAUAAGAUAUAUUAUAGUCAAUUUCAGGAAAGUGAUCAAAAUAGUUUAUCAGGUCAAGUAUUUUAUUCCAAAAAUAAAGAACUUCAUUUAAAUUUUCCUAUACUAAGAAAUAGUGGCAGAUGUAUUUGGAAAAUAGAUGUUAAAAAGAUAAUAUCCGAAGAUUGCUUUAUAAAAUUUACAGAAGGGAAUAAUGAACAUACUUUAAAAUAUAAUGAUGUGUUAAAAUUUGAAGGAUUAGGUUGGAUUGAAUGUAGCAUUCCAAUCAAAAAUAGUUCAUCGAUUCCAAAACUUUCAAUUGAAAUAAAUGCUAUCAAUAUGAAAAUAGAUUAUAUUCGAUUUGGACAUAAUGAAGAAGAGAUAACUUACAUUUCUAAUAUGAAUUAUUUGUUGCCAGAUUAUCAUGAACUUUACCCGGGCAUUCCAAAAGCCUUCAAAGAUAAAUACUUUUCAAAAAAAAAGAUGGAAAACUUGUUUGAAUUAAAAGAUAUCCUUGACAGCUUAUAAUUAUACAUUGUACAUUUGUUGUUAUUUUAUUUAUGUUUUAUUUGUCAUUUUAUAGUUUUUACUUUGUGUUUUUCAUGUUAUGAGAAUUUGGUACUUUUUUUAUU